UCCAGUGUUGCAUGUUGCUGCUGGUGAUCCUGCGCACUGGAGUCUGCACGGCAGUCAACUAUGAGAUCAUUGGCGACGAAAAAACAAUGGCCAUCGAAUGUGACGGCGUGGAUAACGAGGGCGAUGUGCCUGUCAAACAGAUUCUGGACAUCAGCGACGUGCACUUUGCGAUUGCCGACGAUCUGGAGACUCUCUACUAUAGCGGGGAUAUUAAGCUGCUGAUGGACAUACCGAUGGAUCCAAUCACCAUUGAGGUGGAUGUCUUUCGCAGGGUGCGCAGCCAGUGGCUGCCGACGCCCUUCUCCAUCAAGAGGGACAACUUCUGCAAGGCGCUGCUGGAUCCAUGGGAGUUCUGGCAUCCUGUGGUCAAGGAAAUACCCAAGGCCCAGCUCAAGUGUCCACCCAACAAGGGGCAUGUCUACUCGCUCAGCAAUAUUAGCAACCAUUUGUUUGUGUACAACAUGCCUUCGCUGGACAUUGCUGGCGAUCUCAAGGCUGUCGUCCACCUGAGCUCGGGUCGCCACAAGACCUGUGUGGUGAUCUUUGUCAAGGUGUACGCGAAUUGAUAACCGCGACACGAUAUCUGGCUGCGCCUCUAGACGCCUCCCAGUUGCUGUUGCUCGACUCUGUUUGCUCAGUGGCUUCAAUGGCACGGCGCGUUCUGUUCUGUUCUGUUCUGUU